CUCCCCUCCCACUGCCUGCUUAGUGCCUCCUGUCCCACUGCUUCUGUCCCCAGGAGCUGCUAGACUCUGGGCCCCUCCUGUGCUCCCUUUGUGUCCAGAAGCCAACCAUGGCCAACUCCACGCUGAUUCAGCCGCUCUGUCCCAUUUUGGAGGAGAUGAGCACCCUCGAAAGUCACCGCAAUUCCAGCAUUCGCUAUAUCGACCACGUGUCCGUGCUUUUGCACGGGCUGGCCGCCGUCCUGGGCUUGGUGGAGAACGGCCUCAUCCUGUUCGUGGUGGGCUGCUGCAUGCGCCAGACGGUGGUCACCACCUGGGUGCUGCACCUGGCGCUGUCCGACUUCCUGGCGGCUGCCUCCCUGCCCUUUUUCACGCACUUCCUGGCGGUAGGCCACUCGUGGGAGCUGGGCACCACGUUCUGCAAGCUGCACUCGUCGGUGUUCUUCCUCAACAUGUUCGCCAGCGGCUUCCUGCUCAGCGCCAUCAGCGUGGACCGCUGCGUGCAGGUGGUGCGGCCGGUGUGGGCGCAGAACCACCGCACGGUGGCGACGGCGCACGCGGUCUGCCUGGCGCUCUGGGGCCUGGCGGUGCUCAACACCGUGCCGUACUUCGUGUUCCGGGACACCAUCCCGCGGCGGGACGGCCGCGUCAUGUGCUACUACAACGUGCUGCUCCUGAGCCCGGGGCCGGACCGCAACGCCACGUGCGACUCGCGCCAGAAGGCCCUGGCGGUCAGCAAGUUCCUGCUGGCCUUCGCGGUGCCGCUGGCCACCAUCGCCUCGAGCCACGCGGCCGUGAGCGUGCGCCUGGGUCACCGCGGCCGCCCGAGGCCCGGCCGCUUCGUGCGCCUGGUGGCGGCCGUGGUGGCGGCCUUCGCGCUCUGCUGGGGGCCCUACCACGUCUUCAGCCUGCUGGAGGCGCGCUCGCACGCCGAGGCGGCGCUGAGGCCGCUGGUGUGGCGCGGGCUGCCCUUCGUCACCAGCCUGGCCUUCUUCAACAGCGUGCUCAACCCGCUGCUCUACGUGCUCACCUGCCCCGACGUGGGGCGCAGGCUGCGGCGCUCGCUGCGCGCGGUGCUCGAGGGCGUGCUCGUGGACGACGGCGAGCCCGGCGGCCGCCCGCGCCGCGCCUCCUCCACCACCACCUGGGCCUCCACCCUGUGGCUCAGCGGCCGCGCCCAGCCUCUGCGCCCCGCGCGGCUCCUCGGCUGGCUGCGGGGAGACUCGGCCGAGUCCCCGCAGGACGGGGCGCAGUUCCGGGGUGAGCGGGGACCCCUGAGCCGCGCGCUGAGCUCCACCUCGGAUUAG